AUGGCCCCACACCACUGCAGAAUCUGCAGCGCGGCGAUGAGCGCUGACGAUGGGCACAAAGAGUGCCCUGAUUGCCUGGGGGCCGUCCACGUGCUGGAGGACGUAGGCAACCCCUGCAGUGCAGCAGUUGACCUGUCCAGGGGGGAGCGACUUCGCCGUGCCAACCAGGUGCGUGGUCACGCGCAGGAGGGCAGGGCGGAGAGGCGACGCUCACCCCUUCGGUCGCCCCGAUCCCGUAAGCGUGGGCAUAAGCACACACGCAGACAUUCAGAAGAUCGGCAGUAUGAGCCGGCGAAGCGCCCCGCCCCGGCUGAGGCAGCAGGGGGCGGUAGCGCCGAGUCGCGUCAUAUCCUCGCAGCCCUCCAAGCACUAACAGAAAGGCUAGGCAGGCUGGAGGAGCAGAGAGGCCCGCCAUCCCUACCAUCAGGCCAGCAGGGUUUACCCUUACGCAGGCCUGACAGCCAGGAUGAGCGAGAGGAUGAGGCCGAUGAUGUGUUAUCUCUCCUGGCAUCACAGGCCACGGAGGACACAACAGGUGGAGCUGGCCGCGGUGGUGAACCACGUACGGACUCUAGAGAUGAGUCCACAGGGGUGGGGGAGACGCCUGUUAGCUCUCUGAUGUCCAGGGUGCUGAGCGCCGCUAACAUCCUGGGCCUCCAGCCCCCCACACCGGACCCAGUCCCUCAGGGGGGUGUUUGGGAUGGCGUCUCGCACACUAGCCCCCCACCUUCUAUUCCUGUGGCAGAGGACUACACCAGGAUGCUCACGUCCAGUUGGGGCAGGGCCUCGAAGCGGCCCCAGUUUAAUGCAGGCUGCCGUCAGCUGGCAAUGACUGUUUACCCAGCUGAAACAGGGCUUGGGGACAUGCCACCAGUGGAGGCGUUAAUUGCCUCCUUGACAUCGCUGGGCCCUGCCCGGGUGUCCUCCAACCCAAGUUGCCCACGUAAGGAGUGUGCAAAGACGGACCGUCUGGUCACUCGCUCCUUUAAUGCAUCGGCACGAGCAGCCCGCACAGGCAACGCUCUAGCUAUGACACUGGCGGCUCUGCGUAGGACGCUAGACCCGGCGGACGGAGAUGCCAUGGGCCUGGUGGAAGCUGCCCUAUCGGCUCACGCCCAGCUUACACGUGACGUGGGAGAUUCGAUGGCUGCUGCAGUGUUGUGCCGUCGGCAGGUGUGGCUUGCGCAGACCUCUCUGCCAGAGGCCAUCAGGACGGAGCUGCUCAAUCUCCCUGUGGCGCCUGGGCAUGUUUUUCAUCCGGAGACCCAGACGGUGUUGGACCGCACUGAACGUGCUGUAGUGUCUAGGGAGGCGGUCCAGCGCGUAUGUAUUAGAACAGGGCUAGCCGCUAACCAAGCGCCAAGGGGUAAGCCCAGGCAACAGCGGCCCAGCUGGCCUUCACGGACAGCUGGUAACUUUCGGGACCGGCCUGUUCAGGCGGCAUACCAAGGCCCAGCCCGAGAUCCUCAUUCUAGAGGGAGACGGGGACAGAGACCGAGUAGGGGCAAGUACGCAGGCCGCCGCGGCGGUGCUGCAUAG